AAGGAAUAAAAGGGUGAGUUGUGGUUUCGUUGUUUAGCUGGCGGAAUUUUAAAAAAUUUUGAUUUGCAGAGCCACAGACUUGUAGUCUCGUGAGAAUCCGCUUUAUUCCCAGUUUUAGACAGCACUCAAAGUUUGCGCUUGUGCAACAAUUUCUGCACAAAUCGAGAGAAUUCAGAGACACCCCAAGAGUAUUUUAAUCGUAUAGUAGGAUAGUUGAGAAGAACAUCGUUACAAGCUCGGAAGAAUCUCUUCUUUUCACGUCGAAUCGAACGAGCUAAAACCACUAGUAAAAUAGACACAAGAACGAGAAGUUUCUCGUCACAUGAACUCAGUUGCUAAAGGAAAAGGAGAUUCCACAGUGUCCAGUCAGAAGUUUGUCAGAUUUCAAAUGUUAACAGCCUGAGCAGAGCUUUGGCCUACAUUUGCUUAAUACCCUGUAAAUCGGUUCAAUUUCCCAAAUUCGGGAUAACAGAGAAGGAUACCUCUCCUAAAACGUAAGGGAAGAGGCUUCCAAAGAGAAUAUCUUAGAGUACAUAAUCUGCUUAAUUUUGGCACAUUUAUUGCUGGCACAUCUGCCAGAUUAUAAGAUGCAAACGCUUUGAAAUACCAGGCUAAAAUGAAAAAUGGAGGUAGAUUCCCUUAACACACUCGGGAAUAUGUUCACAUACAAGGAAUGGAUCAAGCAGAAAGAUGGUGAACCUAUAGUUGAAGCUGAACCAGUCAGUAUCAAGAAAAAGAAGACAACAAAGACAUUGAAUAAGAAGAAAAGCACGUCAAAAAAGACGAAAACCACACAAGAACUGCACAAUACUCCAAGCACAAAGUCCAUAGAUGAAGCAACAGCUGGCUUCGCAGAGUACGUCCAGUCUAUUGAAAAAUGUACCAGUAUAACUAGACUUUUCACUCCUAAGCUUGCGAGAGCGCUUGAAAUCGCAAGAAAGAAGGGUUUUGAACCUCGCAUGCUAGCAGAUGUUCUUUCUGAAAGAAAAAAAUUAUGGGCAAAAACACAGUGUAUACACUCUAGUGCUAGGGAAGAUUUUUUGAAACAUACACAACUUUAUCGUAAGCAGUUUUGGGGAUAUAAAAAGUCAGUUGAUGGAUGGAUAACUGAAUCAAAGAAUUCGAGUUUAGAAGGGCUUUAUGGACAUCGUGAGAAAAAAUCCGGAAAAACAUGGUCAAGUAUAAUAUAUUGCCCAAAUUUCAAACCAGGAGGUGAAGUUAUUCACAGAUUCUCUAGAAAAACUUCCCGGAUGUACAAGACACUAUACGAUUGUAUAGUUGAUGGGUGGGUACACCCAGACUUAGUUGUAUGUGAAAUUACUGAUGCGACACAUCCUGUUCGUUUUGCUACUCCUCCAGAGCAAGACUGUUACACAGCGAUAUAUGUUGGCCCUGAAAUUUCUGCGGAUUCGCCCAGAAUAAUCUUUGGCGAAUACACUGGUAUAGUUUAUCAUGAGGAUAGUAUUGAAGACUCAGUAUUUGAAUACGCUUUUGAAUUAAACUUUGCAUCCGGAUCAUGGAUUAAUGCAGAUUAUGCGGACACGGAAGAAAUGAUUGAUCCCGCUUACAAGAACUUUGGUCCCUUGGACCAAAAUGUUGCGGAUGGGGACAGCCCAUACUCUUGUAGAAAAGAUUCUACACUUAGAAAGGAAAUGGAUGAAGAAAACGAUACCUUUUCUACCGAGGACUUCACAUUUGGUAUUGUAGAUUCGAAUGGUACACCAUGCAAAAUGCACGACAGUGACGUGGGAUUUGCCUAUUCUUCAACUGCAGAAUAUAAUGCACUCCUCUCACGACAGGUUUCUUCCAGGAAUUCACGUUCACUUGGUAUGAAUAAGGGGGAAAUUUCUAUGGAUUUAGAUGCAGUUCCUAUUGGUGAUAUAAAUGUUCCAAUGAAAGAUACGGAAGGUAUGGAUUGCACCAGAAUACAAAUGGAAAAAGGGAAAUCAAAAAUGACACAGAUUAAAGAAAAAGAAUCAGUGAGUAUUGGAAUAAAGAAACCUACAGAUUGUAUCUAUCUUCCCUCCAGUUCUCGUUAUGUUUUAGAUAGCACAACAGCAUGUAAUGAACUUAGUUUAGUUAAUCACUGCCAAACAAUUUCAGCAUAUGGUGGUGAGUUUUGGAUCCAGCCAAAUUGUGAAUGGCAACAAGUUAUUUUUGAUGGAUGGCCUCAUAUAGUACUCACAUCAAAAGAAGGGGUUAAGAUAUCACCAGGUGAUGAGCUAGUUGCAGAUUUUGGAGCCUUAUGGUUUGCAAAAGUGGAAGAGACAGCACAUAAGAGUUUAAGGAGAGAACUUAUUGAGUAUAGAACAGGCAUACGCUCAAAAGUUGCCAAAAGGCAAACGGUUUUACACAGCAGACCUAUAGAAGACAUUGAUAGAUGGUUGGUAAAUACAGGUCACUUUGGAAAACAAUUUACAUGCGCAAUAUGUAAUGAUCAGUAUGAAGAAGAUUAUAAAGAAGAAACGGCAUGUGUGACUACCCCCUCUGUACAUGCUGAUGAAACUACAGAAGAAUGUGUCAGUUGUGAUGGUUGCGACAGGGUCUUUCAUUUGUCAUGUAUGAAAAACCUGAGUGGGACAGCAGCAAACAUGUUUGCAAAGCAGGAUGGCGUAAUUGUUUGGAAGACAGAUACUGAACCAUUCAAGGGCGAUAGAAGCUAUACGCUAGGCAAAUGGUUCUGCAUGUACUGUAGAUAUCUCGCUAAGCAAAUUUAUAUGCAUGAUAUCGGUUCGGACUACAUGCCAAUUUCAAAAUCAAUUAGUUCUUUAGCGACAUCUAAAUCUGGCCUAUCAACCUGUGGUAAUGUUGAUCAAAGUAGGUGUAUAGAUGCAUCCGUCCAAACAGAAGACCCUAGUACAGCAUCUUGCAAGACCUCAAAUAGUCACGGGUCGGAUCAAGGAACAAAGGUGUCUAAAAAGAAUAUAAAAACAGAUAAAAAACACAAACAUGUGCGUGGUAAGAUGGGAAAGACAAAGAGCCCAAAAACAGUACACGGUGGUAUAUGUUCAUCAUCUGGGUUGAUGUCUUAUCUUCACAAGACCUAUAUUCAACAUGAAUCUAAUCGUAGCGGAUCAGUAUUUGACAAGAUUAUGCAUAAGAUUUUUAAGAAACACAAAAUGCACAAGAUGAAAGCAAUGGAAAGAUUUUCUCCAUUGCAACUUUUGACAGGGCUCAUGAGAGACUCAUCGAACCCUGAUAAACGCUCAUCAUCUAUGGAGAAAUAUAAAACUGAAUUUCCGCUCCAGAAUACUGCGGUACCAAUACCAAUAGAGUCUGGGAAGACAAAGCCUGGAGAUGAUACACCUAGUACGCGCGCAUUUACGCCAAUAAACCGACGCAACUCUUCCUCUGACAAGUACGAUACUUUCUCCGGAUCAACGUAUACAUCAGAGGAUUCUUCCGUACUGAAGCUUUUACCACAUGCAGAAAAUUCAUUUAAAAGUACACGAACAAGACAUUCUGACGACGAUAUCCUCGAUACUACAUUUCUCACCGAAAAUAUUAAACGUAUAGAUGUAGGGAAUAUUUCAGAGGUAAAUGAAAAGUUUGAACCUGACAACUACACAACUUACAUACAGAAAACAUCCAAGAAGGGAGGAGUGACACGUAAUUCUUUGGACACAUCCCUUCCAAUAAUACACACGGAUAUGAACACAUAUAACGAUAUUGGUGUCACAGACUAUUUAACAUGCCGUUAUCUCUUUGGAAUGUGGCAUUUGGAAGCCUUUUCCCUAUUUGGAGACACUGUAAGAGUAUGUACAGAAUGUAAUCAACGCUCAGGACCUAGGGCAAAUGUUUACGUAUGUAGGAUACUAAAGAGGCAUUUGGGUGGAAACUUUGAUCAUCCGGAGAGUACAAACGUUGCACAAAUGCGCGAAUAUGUCCUAAUGGCUUAUGAACAACAUGUGCAUUUUUUGCUUCGUUUGCUAGUUUUGAAGAACAUUUCAAUUCACUUUUUGGUGAAGACGUGUUGUCACUUUAUAGGGAAACAGCUUUUAUAUAACAAGGACCUAUCCUUUUCUGAAAAUGAAGUUAUUGAAUGUAUAGAUCCCACUCUAGUCAAUUUAAAGGGGUUAGUAAAUAAAGAUUUAUGCAUGCAGAAAUCUGCAAAGGUAUCCAAGACUACCACUAACAAGAAGAAUGCAGAUAGUGGUAAAAAAAAUGAUAAAAGAAAUAGUGAUAAUAAAAACACGGAAAACACGAAACGUAAUGGAGUCAGCCCAGCAAAGAUCGGGGAUAGUAUUAAAAAGGAAGAUAGUAAAACAGGAGAGGAUCUUAGCGAGCCUCUCUUGGGAAGAUUGACAAAAUUCCUCUCUGAAAUUACAGAUACCGUUAUAAAGACCCCGAGGUUUGAUGGUCUAUUCAAUUAUGGACUUUUGAAAGCAAUGGGGGCCUUUACGGAGGAAUAUACACGAAUUAUUAACUGCGACGAGAUUAUAAGGUAUAUUAAUGACCUUACAACAUACAUUUCAUAUGAUGGAGAUCAAAUCCCAGGACACUUGCAACAAAUGUUAAACAAGGCGGAAAUGGAACGCUUCUCAAAUUUCAAACAUUUGGCACAAAAGACAGAAUCACCCUUCUCAGAAACAAAAACUGUCAAGAUUGGAAAGAAAAAGGAAAAAACGGUAUUUGUACCCCUAUUGGGAAUAGUACCUGGAAAGAGUUUAGUAUAUAGAAAGUUUUCCGAUGGCUAUUAUCAAGGCACAGUUACUGCACAUGACGUGCACCGUGGAGUUCAUGUAUCUUUCAAGAUUGAAUACAGUGAUGGAGAUGAUGAAAUUAUGCAUCCAGAGGAGCUUUUGGAUGAGAUUUUGCUAAACAUUGGUGAUCCAGAAAAAAUAUUGCGUGAACUCUCGGAAAAUGAUAGCAGGAAUGAACAGUAUCUGUCACGCCUUGGUCAAGUCCCAGACAUACCAACAGUUAAGCGUCUUGCGGGAAAACUACGCAAGGUUAUGAUAAAGAGUCUAAUGGCACCAAAAAUAGGACUUCAAAAGAGGCAAAAUAGACUUGUAUAGUACAAACUUGCAUGU